AUGUCUGGCAUGAUUACUCUAGUUGCUAGAGAUGCCGCCUCAGAGGCAGCUAAAGCUGCAUACAAAGCAACGGUGGAAUUGUGGACGCUCUAUUCAUUUGGAGUUGCUGUGACCUUGCUUCGAACAUACGCCAGAGUGAGGGCCGUGGGUUUCAGGAAUCUGAAAGCCGACGACUACCUUAUCUGGGUCGCAAUUGCUUUCUAUACCACACAGACGGCAUUGGCAUAUAGUGUCGGCAAUGUCGCCCAUGGCCUUGCAAAUAACAGCAUGACAGAUGCCCAACGUGCGGCACUCUCUCCCGGGGACCCUGAGUAUCAGGCAAGAGUGAUUGGCUCUAAGAUUCAGGUCGCAGGGUGGACGACUUAUAUGCUAUUAAUCGGGUCGCUUAAACUGUCCAUGCUCGCAUUUUACCUCCGCCUUACGGAUGGCUUGGGUCGACGCUACCGCAUUCCCGUUUAUAUUGGAUUUGCCCUCGUUUUGGGGAGCAUGAUAGCCAGUGUCUUGACAAUCUUCACUGCAUGUCGGCCGUUGAAUCACUACUGGCAGAUUAACCCGGCCCCGGAGAAUGUCUGCCAGCCUGCUAUCUCAAUGCCCAUCAUUUGGGUGACAUUCGCCGCAAAUCUCGCUACCGACCCAUACCUUAUCUUCAUUCCCAUUCCGAUGCUUUGGAAAUCGAGUCUAAAGUUGUUGAAAAAGAUAGCAGUGACAAUCGUCCUGAGUGCUGGUGUCUUUGUGCUGGUUUGCGCAACCAUCAAGAGCGUUUUUCUCAUUGUGUCACCUGUAAGUGGAGCACAAAUCGCUGAGGAGUGGGGAACUCGAGAAACCUUCGUCGCCGUGAUCACCACCAACCUUCCUAUGAUAUUCCAUCUCUUCAAGACCUGGCUAGGCGUGUUUUUUGGAAGUGCCUUCCAAUCGUCGCAACGAACAUACAAAACUCCCUCUGGUGGGUUCCGCAGCAUUGGUGGUGGCGAUUAUCAGAGUCGAGACCGCCGUGGGCCACCCAGCUCGAAUCCUGUUACUGCCAACAUGACCUUCAACGAAAGUGAGGAGCGGAUUGUCGACGAUAUCUACUUGGAGGGUUUGAAAGCCUACGCUGGACCAGGCGAUGAAAAUACUACCCCGAAUGCUGGAAUCGUGGUCUCCAAACAAAUUGAAGUCACACACGAGGCAAGGCGUAGCGCUAAUAGCGUACCUAUACCGGAGCAAAGCACUCAUGAACCUUGGUAA